UAGAAAUAGAAAAUUAUUUUCUUUUAUUUAAUUUAAAUAAUUUACACAUGUUUUGAUUAAAAUUUAAUAAUAAAAUUAAGAAUCUACGUAAGAAAAAAAUUUCUAUCCGCCUUCAUCCAAAUUAGGGAGAGGCUUGGUUUGGUUUGGUUUUUAGUAGUUUAUCGUCUGUCUUCGUCUUCGUCGUCGACAUCUAGCAUCACACAAAUCACAUCAUCAUCAAGCAAAUUCUUCAAGAGGAAUUUAUUUCUAUAUUCUCAAUUGAUUAUGCCACCUAUCGUCCAUACAACGGCAGCUACCAUGUCCCUAGAUACAAUGCAGUGUGCUCGCUGCACCGAGGGAUUUGAACCACGUGAGAAGAUUGUCAAUUCCAAUGGCGAACUUUGGCAUACACAGUGUUUUGUCUGUGCUCAGUGCUUCCGUCCAUUUAUCGAUGGAAUCUUUUAUGAAUUCGAAGGACGAAAAUACUGUGAACAUGAUUUUCAAGUUUUAUUUGCUCCAUGUUGUAACAAAUGUGGUGAAUUCGUCAUUGGGCGUGUAAUUAAAGCAAUGACUGCCAAUUGGCAUCCACAAUGUUUUAGAUGUCAAAUGUGUGCCAAAGAAUUGGCUGAUUCUGGAUUUAUAAGAAAUCAAAAUCGUGCAUUGUGCCAUGAGUGUAAUGCAAAGGUGAAGGCAGUUGGAACUGGAAAAUAUGUUUGCCAAAAGUGCCAUGGUCUUAUCGAUGACGAACCACUUCGAUUCCGAGGUGAAGUAUACCAUGGGUAUCAUUUUAACUGCACUGCAUGUGGAGUUGAAUUGGAUUACACUGCAAGAGAAGUCAAGAGCAGGCCUGGUUUUGCAGCUAAUGAUAUGAACGAAUUAUACUGCCUUCGUUGUCAUGAUAAAAUGGGAAUUCCUAUUUGCGGUGCUUGUCGUCGUCCAAUUGAGGAGCGUGUUGUUACUGCUUUGGGUAAACAUUGGCAUGUUGAGCAUUUUGUAUGUGCCAAAUGCGAAAAACCCUUCUUGGGUCAUCGUCAUUAUGAGAAACGUGGUCUAGCGUACUGUGAAACUCAUUACCAUCAACUUUUUGGUAAUUUAUGUUUUGUCUGCAAUCAAGUUAUUGCUGGAGAUGUUUUCACAGCUUUAAACAAAGCAUGGUGCGUUCAUCAUUUCGCAUGUUCCGUUUGUGACAUGAAAAUGACCCAAAAAUCUAAAUUUUAUGAAUACGAUGAGAAACCAGUUUGCAAAAAGUGCUACGAACGUUUCCCUAACGAGCUUCGUCGUCGUUUACGUAACGCACAUGAAAUGACAAUGAAGAAGAACACUUAAAUAUAGUUUUUUUUUUUUGUUCGUAAAAAAAACAGCUUUAGGCUAUUGUUGUUGUUUUAUUUUAUAAAUUAUACUCAAGUCUAAACAAAAAUCUAACAGAAAUAUACGUAACUCUGUUUUGUGCCUCUCGAAAGUGCCGUUAAAAAAUAAUAAAAUAAA